GAUAAGAUUUCACGACUCCGCACAGGACGGUUUUAAAUAGGCGAUACCGAUAGCGCAAUAUCGGACAGUAUUAGUGUACGGGCGUGCCUGGAGACGCCGGUGUAGUGUGUGAAACAUGGGGCUCAAUUAUUUCAUAUUUGUUUUAGUGAUCGGGUAUGCGUCUGCGCAGAGCUUGCGAGUAUGUAUGCCCUCCACCAGCACCGUAGUUUGUCAGAGUUUGGACAGAGAUGACAGUCAAGUAGUAUGCGACCCGGUAGAAUCAAGGAUCGACUGUGCCAUCAAACUGGCACGAGGGACUGCCGACUUCGGAGUGUUCUCGGAGGAGGAGACGGUGCUCUUGUCGCUGCAGCAGCCCACUGAGAACAGGAUCGUCGCUUCCAUCAGAGAUGUUCAGAGAACCGAGCCGUACGCGUUUGAGGCGGUGGCGGUUGUGCCCGCCAACCACGUGGGAGGCUUGGAAGGUCUGCGCGGGGCUCGAUACUGCCACCCAGGUCUGGAUCAGACCGACCUGCGCUGGUCACCACGAGUGUUGAAGACCUUCGAACGAGUUGUGGCACGCACCGACCACUGCCCAAAUGUGAACACAGACCAUAAGACGGCCGAGGAGGUGGAGAUGGAGACUCUCAACAAUUUCUUCGGCAGCGGCUGCCGGCCCGGAGCCUGGAGCGCUAACGUCACUGUUGACGCUGAUCUCAAGAACAGAUUCCCGAAUCUCUGCUCGAGCUGCGGCGAGGGCGCGAGCUGCUCCCGCUACAACCUGGACAUGGGCGUCACCAUCAACGGCAUCAACAACAACAACCGCCACAUCCAGGCGCUGGAAUGUCUCCGCAGAGGCAAUUCCUCCGUCGCCUACGUCGCGUGGCAGCACGUCCGGGAAUUCUUCACUAUCCGUAACCCCCAAGAAGCGACGUCGUACGCGCUGAUGUGCGAGGACGGAGCCCUGCGCGUGCUCACGGCCGAGGUUCUCGCCGCCGCCACCGCCCCGUGCUCCUUCGUCAAACAACCCUGGGCUACCGUUGUAGCUUCCACAGCUAAGGCAUCAGCAGUCCUUACAAAACUGCGCGAGUGGUGGCCCAACGGCGUCAGCCCCGGCGACAACGGCUGGAGGUCGCAGCUGUACUCCAACAUUAUCGGCGGCGCCAACGCAAGAGUAUUCUUCGAAACCACCCCCCUGACUGCUAGCAACUACACUUCUCCCGUUCGCAACAUAGCCGAUAUCAGUGCUUCAACAUCGUGUAUCCCCGCGCGCCGCUGGUGCACCAUCUCCACACAGGAGCAGACCAAGUGCCAGUGGCUGCGCGCCGCCGCCUACGUGCUGGGCAUCGAGCCCCACAUCACCUGCCAGCAGCGGAACAACAUAUUCGAGUGCCUCGCAGACAUCAGGGACCGCAACGCCGAUCUCAUCGUAUCGCCUUCCAACUAUGGCUACCUGUCUAGACAGCAUUACAAGCUCUCCUCGGUGAAGUUGGUUCAAAACUCGAGGAACAACCCCGCCGCCUUCUCCCGUGUCGCCGCCCUCCUGAAGGAAACCACCACCCAGACCAACGUCACCAGGUUCGAAAACCUUCGCGGCAGGAGAGCUUGCUUCCCCGAAUACAGUGGUAUCGCUUUCGUGGCGUUCGUGAGCGUCGCUCACGAGAGAGGUGUGAUCAGCUCAUCGGAGUGCGACUACGCGCAGGCAGUUGGGGAAUUCUUUGAUGGUGCCUGCGCACCCGGAGCCGAGGCUGCCUCACACGCCAUCGGAGACAGCAGCUUCAACGCGACCAACCUGUGCACCGCCUGCCGUCCUUCCUACUUGACUAGCAAUAUUACUUACACUUGCGCCUACGACUACUCCAACCUGUACUACGGCAACAACGGCAGCAUAUCCUGCCUGGCCGACAGCUCCAACGACGUCGCCUUCGUCGAGAUUCAGAACAUUCAGGCUCACCUGACUACGGCGGGUCUGCAGGCGUCGCAGGUGCGCGCGCUGUGCCGCAACAACACGCUGGCCAUCACCACCGGCAUCGACAUCGAUCAGAACUGCCUGCUCGCCUACGUCGUCGACUCCGAGGUGCUCGCACGACGGGACGACCCUCUCCUGAACGCUUUGAACACUCUGCUGGACUCCCUGGACUCCCACUUCGGGUACAACGAGCCGAUCUCGACGCAGCUGAUCAACCUCGAGCUCUACUCCCCCUUCGACGGCAAAAGCGACCUCCUGUUCAAGGACACCGUCGUCGGCCUGGCCGAGCCCUCGGCUACCACCAACGAGGCCGCUAAGAACUACUACGACCUGUUCAGCCACCUGGAGUCCUGCAACGCCGCCGCCUCCACCCCCGGCAUGGCCUCUCGCAGCAUCUACUCCGGCCUCACCAUCAUAAUGAUGUGGUUCCUCACCAAAGUGGCCAUGGACUAGGUCCGACCCACCUCUAGUUUAGGUUUUAAUGUGACAUUUGAGAUAUUGUAUUAAAAAUUAGGAUGUCCCGUUUUCAUGACCAGUAGUUCUAUGUAGAGUUCUAGUUGCUAUCUACAUAAAUAGACUUGUACAUAAUACAUAUAAUUAUAUAGGUUAACUAUAAAGUAAGAGUAACAGUAUUUAACGGCAAGAUUGCAAAAUGUCAUUCUUCUCUUUAUAAAGAAUACAAUUACAAUAUUAUGUUGUAACCUCCUUUCUGUUCUGUUCAAUGACAGCAUCUAGUAAGUAGUUAAUAUAUGACUACUUAAACACGUACUUAGGUACCGGUGUUCAUCAUUAUUUAAGAUUUUUCAAGUUCAAAAGUGUCAUUAAUUGUGUUCAUGUCUGUAAAGUUUGAAUUUUUGGUAUGUAAUAAUAUGUUUGUAUGGAUUUAAUUAAACUUUAUUUUGUAUUUAAAA